UCUCAGUAUUCAAUCUCUGCGAUCUCUAUUGAAAUGCCUGUUCUCCGGCACGCUCUCCUUUUCUUCAAAAACCCCAGCAAAACCCUAAUCUCAUCCUCCCACUUUAUAGCUCUCCUGUCAUUCUCGACCUCCAAAACCCAAGACCCGCCUCACAAAACCCCUUUCAUUGUCGAUUACCUCACAACCUCAUGUGGGUUCUCAUCAGAGAAAGCAAUCUCUCUAUCUACGAAUCUCACCCACAUAAAAUCCCCCAGAAAUCCAGACUCUGUUGUCUCUUUCUUCAGAAACUGCGGUUUGAGCGAUGCUAACAUCAGAGACCUCAUUUCUUGGAGACCCAGGUUCCUUUCUUCCAAUGUGGAGAGAACCCUUCUCCCGAAAGUUAGGAUUUUGCAAGGGCUCGGCCUCGCCGGCUCUGGCCUGGCAGAGUUUGUAGUCUCGAACCCAAGGCUUCUGGUCGUAAGCGCUAAGCCUGUGAUCAAUUUCGUCAAACCUCUGCUCCAUUCUGAAAAAGACGUUAUCAAAGUCCUCAAACGAUCCAAAUGGCUGUUUUCUGCCUCGGUUGUUGAGAAUAAGAUACGGCCCAACAUCUCAAUCUUGCAGAGCUGUGGCGUUUCCAGUCACAUUAUUGGGAAACUCCUGGCGAGAAACCCAAACUUCUUCGCGCGGAAUCCACGUUGGGUUAAGGAGCUUACCAACCGUAUCGAGGAGAUGGGGCUUCCCUGCAAAAAUGGGAUGUUUGUUUAUGCAGUGUUUACAGUUGGAUCGAUGAGUAAGACUGUAUUGGAGGCCAAAUUCAACUUGUUCAAGAGCUUCGGGUGGUCGGAUGUCGAUAUCCUUUCUGCAUUUGCAAAAGCUCCCGAAUAUGUGAAGUAUUCCGAGCGGAAGAUUCGGGAAGCGAUGAAUUACUUUGUGAAGGAGCUUGCAUGCGAGCCAUCAUACAUUGUUCUCUUCCCUAAGCUUCUCUCAUACAGCUUGGAGAAUAGGAUAAUCCCUCGAUGUAAUGUGCUGCGGAUCCUGAAAUCAAAGGAGUUGCUGAAUAAGAACCCCAAUUUGUUUCCGAUCAUUUGCUUGUCAGAAGAGAAGUUCUUGAAGCAGUACGUGCACCCAUAUAUGAAGAUAGCUCCUGAUAUCUGUCCAGCUCACUUGGGGCGUAUGAUGGUUCCAUCGACUGAACUUCAAUAAUCAGAGACACACCUGACGGGUGGCCACAUGUGUUGCAGGCAUCUGUGCUAUGCAUUGUUUGGGCCCCAAAUUGUAGACGACGAUGCCCAGAAAUUUGGGUGGUCAGCUCAUCAGGUGGGCUGCAUGUGUACAAAACGAAUGUGGGGUUUUUAAAAAUGAUUGCUGAUGGUCCACAUCCAAUGUUCAGAUGUGGGCCUUCUAGUUGACCAGCCCGAUUUUGGUCCAGGCCAUUUACACGGUGGGACCUGACUGAUGCAUGGCUCAGAUGUCUGUGACACAUGACCGCAUGCCUAGGUCAAUGUGGGCUUAUCAGAACUCCCAUUGAAAAGGAAUCUUCUACAUAGGGGCAACUCCUAAGUUCGACUUGAAUUGAACUCGUACCCCCACUUCCAAGGCAUUUCUACUUGCUAGCAUUUUGAAACAGAAGCUUUCCUGCCCCUAGGCAUUUUUGGAAUUGGCCUCUUUCUUUCGUCUCUGGCCUGGGUCCCACCACCCGACCUAGAGAAAUGCCCGAGACAACUCCAAAGCAUGCCAUUUGAUAUGUUUACUAGCCCUGCAGACGCUGCUUUCACAUGCUGCACCUUUACAUACAACACACGUGCUAACCUGACAAGUGUGUGGAACAUCUGAUCCAUGCAUAAGGUAGCUCCCCUUAGUGAAAGGAUGUCUACAAUAUAUGCAGAAUCAGGAGACAUCAAUUGAUUGACAGGUGACAGCCAUGCUCGAUCGAUCGCACCUUUUCGAAAUUAGAUAUAUUGUUCACUGGACAGUUUUGGACCAUGUUCAAUACAAUAUUCAGAAAAUUCUCAUUUACUCUCUGGAUAGUUUUGGACUAGUUCAAUUGCUUGAGCUUUGGUUUGCUCGAUCGAUCGAAGGGUGCUUGAUCAGUGUUGAUCGAUUGACAUUAAGAUCGAUGGUGCGCGCAGAACUGUGUAAGUGCGCGAUUUGUUUUUUAAUUCCGGUUGUGAUAGUAUAUAUAUAUGUCAGGUGUAAUCGGGAUUAGAGUAUAACAAGGGUUUACUAAGACAUUUCUAAGGGUUCUAGAGAAUAAAAGCUAGGCUUUUGGGAGAUUCGAAUGAGGUUCUCAUCAUUGUAAGUACCUCUCUUGUAAUAUCGUUUAAUAGUGGAUUGCUUGU